AUGACGUUGUCCUUUUCUCUACCUACGUUUUUCAUUAUUUUUCGAGAAACGACCGAGGCAGCGAUCAUUGUCUCUGUGUUACUCUCGUUCCUGAGCCAGGUUUUGUCUGAGCCCAAGGACCAGGCCCUGCGCCAGCGUUUGGCUCGUCAGGUCUGGGCAGGUACUGUGCUGGGGUUGGUGGUAUCGCUCAUCAUUGGGGCUGGUUACAUCGUUGUCUGGAACUUGUAUGCGACCAACCUGUGGGCGGCAAGUGAGGGUAUCUGGGUCGGAUGCUUCUCGUUCGUCGCAGUCCUGAUGAUCACCGUCAUGGGUCUGGCCAUGCUCCGCACCAACCAGAUGCAGGCCAAGUGGAAGACAAAGCUCUUCAAGGCCCUUGACGAAGACAACCACAACCAGAUCUCCAACAGCAACUCCAAGGGUGCCGGCCGCUUCGCUUAUCAGUCCCGGAAAUACGCCCUCUUCCUCCUCCCCCUGGUCACCGUCCUCCGUGAGGGUCUCGAGGCCGUUGUCUUUAUUGGAGGUGUUACGUUCAAUGAGGAGUGGGAAGCUAUGCCUUUGGCUAUUGUUGCUGGUGUUGCUUUGGGUUGGUUGGUGGGAUUUGCUAUCUACCGUGGAGGAAACCAUAUGCGUCUGCACCGGUUCUUUGUUGGCUCGACCUGUUUGCUUCUCCUGAUCGCUGCCGGGUUAGUCGCCAAGGGUAUUGCUGCCUUUGAGUCGGAUCGCUGGAACCGCCUGACCAACGCCCAGGGUGAUGAUGAUGGCACGUAUGAUCCCCGUGUCAACCUCUGGGCGCUCAAAUGCUGUGACCCCAAGAAGCCUGAUGCCGGUUGGUGGGGUGUCGCCAACGCGUUGGUUGGUUGGAGCAACAUUGCCUCGUACUGGACUGUGGGCUCGUAUAUUAUCUACUGGGGUCUCCUCUCGGCCUGGUUGUUCCGUUUGGAUGCCAAGAGACAGACCAAGGCUGCCAUCUCGGGCGAGCAGAGACCGCUGUUGCACGGCGAGGGUUCUGAUGCUGUUGCGACUGGCAGUGGCGAGGGAAGCAGCAACAGCCGAGGCAACAAUGAUCUCGAGAUCACUCCUGCCUAA